UCUGCAGAAUCAGAUCCCUGCCAGUAGCAGCAGCAGCACAGCACUCAGUGCGGGAUACGGAGCAGCAGCAUCAUCAUGUCUCCCCGACCCCGCCGCACUGACCCCUCCGUCUCUGCCUGAGCAGCUGUUCCCCCAGGGCUCGGACUGGCCGAGGAUGCAGAGUUUCUCCGCUAAGGGAGGCAGCAGAGACACCGACCAAACGAGGGGGUUUGAUGCAAUUAUGGGGAUCAGGUAAUAACCCGAGACUAAAGGAAGAAAGAGGGAGAUAGAGACACCCCAUAUCAUUAGAGCUUGGACCCCCCUCUGACUGAUCAUUAGUGGCCGACCCCCCCACCCCAGAGACCGACCCGCCGCUGGAUCCACAUCUCUAUUUCUCUGUUAUUGGAGAGAUAAAUCCCCCCAAUCCCUGGAGAGAGCCCCCCAUUCUUCAGUGGAGACAGAGCCCCCCUUCAGUGAAAACAUCACCAGCGCUAUCUCAGCUCCUCAUCACUGGACACAACCCCCUCCCCAUUAUUGGAGACCCCACCAACCUUCCUUUUCUGAAAACAGAAUUCCCCAAUAACACUAGAGACCCCUCAUUAUUGGAGACAAACACCUUACACCCCUCUUAUUUGAGAACAUUCAGACAGAAGCUCCUUGGAGACCAGACCUCCCCUAUCUGGGCACCAGCCUCUAUCUGGGCACCAGCCUCUAUCUGGGCACCAGCCUGCUUCCCUGGGCACAGAAUUUCCCUGCACUGGCCAAAUCCUCCCCCUCAUCCAACUGGACACAGCCCUGAUCUCUGGACCACUGCCUCUGGAACUGGACCUCUCUGCUGGGUGGGCACAACGCUUGGACAAGGCCUUCUCUUGAGGAUUUAUCUGGAACCUUUUAUUUUUUGAGAGAUAUAUAUAUGUUUGUAAAUGGUCAAUGAAAACGAGAGGAUGUACAUUCCAGAGGGAGACCACCCAGGUUCCAACUACACAAACCCACUGCCGGCACUUGGCACCAUGAACUCUACCCCCGGCCUGGCAAUGGAGCAUAUCGCCUCUCCAGGUGCUGCUCUGUCCUGGCAGGCCGCCAUAGAUGCAGCACGCCAGGCCAAGCUUAUGGGCAGCACAGCUAACGCCACCAUAUCCACAGUCAGCUCCACACAGAGAAAGAGGCAGCAGUACAGCAAGCAGAAAAAGCAAGGGACCACCUCAGCCACGAGGCCUCCCCGGGCGUUGCUCUGUUUGACCCUGAAAAACCCCAUCCGCCGAGCCUGCAUCAGUAUCGUAGAGUGGAAACCAUUUGAAAUUAUUAUUUUACUGACUAUCUUUGCCAACUGUGUGGCCUUAGCUGUCUACAUCCCUUUCCCAGAGGAUGAUUCCAACGCUACGAACUCCAAUCUGGAACGGGUAGAAUAUCUCUUCCUCAUCAUUUUCACAGUGGAAGCCUUCCUAAAAGUCAUCGCAUAUGGGCUUCUGUUCCACCCCAACGCUUACCUCCGCAAUGGCUGGAAUCUGCUGGAUUUCAUCAUUGUAGUAGUAGGGCUUUUUAGUGCUAUUUUAGAGCAGGCCACAAAGGCAGAUGGGGGCAGCGCCAUUGGAGGGAAAGGAGCCGGAUUUGACGUGAAAGCUCUUCGGGCGUUCAGAGUCUUGAGACCCCUAAGGCUGGUGUCUGGAGUCCCCAGUCUCCAGGUGGUGCUGAAUUCCAUUAUUAAGGCCAUGGUUCCGCUGCUGCACAUCGCUCUGCUGGUGCUGUUUGUCAUUAUUAUCUAUGCUAUAAUCGGGCUGGAGCUGUUCAUGGGCAAAAUGCACAAGACCUGCUACUAUCUGACAAAUGGAUAUCCAGAUGUCCUUGUAGAUGAAGAAUCCUCGCCGUGCGCAUUGGAGAGCAAUAAUGGGCGGCACUGUCCCAAUGGCACUGUGUGCAGAUCUGGUUGGGCGGGACCCAAACACGGUAUCACGAAUUUCGACAACUUUGCAUUUGCCAUGCUCACUGUCUUCCAGUGCAUCACCAUGGAGGGCUGGACUGAUGUUCUCUACUGGAUGCAGGACGCAAUGGGAUACGAACUGCCCUGUGUGUACUUCGUCAGCCUCGUCAUCUUCGGAUCUUUUUUCGUUCUGAACCUGGUUCUUGGUGUCCUGAGUGGUGAGUUUUCCAAAGAGAGAGAGAAGGCCAAGGCUCGAGGCGACUUCCAAAAGCUGAGGGAGAAGCAGCAGCUGGAGGAGGACCUGAAAGGCUACUUGGACUGGAUCACUCAGGCUGAGGACAUAGAUCCAGAGAAUGAAGAUGAAGAUAUAGACGAAGAUAAGCCUCGAAAUAUGAGCAUGCCAACCAGUGAAACGGAGUCGGUUAAUACAGACAACGUGGGCAGUGGCGACGUGGAAGAGGAGAGCUGCGGAGUGCGUCUCGCGCACAGGAUUUCCAAGUCUAAAUUUAGUCGAUACUGGCGACGAUGGAACCGGUUUUGCAGGAGGAAGUGUCGGGCGGCUGUAAAAUCAAACGUCUUUUAUUGGCUGGUUAUAUUUCUUGUGUUUCUGAACACGCUGACCAUUGCUUCCGAGCACUACAACCAACCGGAAUGGCUUACCGAGGUGCAAGACACGGCCAACAAAGUGCUCCUGGCUCUCUUCACAGCAGAGAUGCUUCUCAAAAUGUACAGCCUUGGCCUUCAAGCCUACUUUGUUUCCCUGUUUAAUCGCUUUGACUGCUUCAUCGUUUGCGGUGGGAUCUUGGAGACCAUAUUGGUAGAAACUAAGUUCAUGUCGCCCCUGGGGAUCUCCGUCCUGCGCUGUGUGCGCCUUCUCAGGAUUUUCAAGAUUACCAGGUAUUGGAACUCUCUGAGUAAUCUUGUGGCCUCGCUGCUGAAUUCCGUGCGCUCCAUCGCUUCCCUUCUCCUCCUUCUCUUCCUCUUCAUCAUCAUCUUCUCCCUUCUGGGGAUGCAACUCUUUGGCGGCAAAUUUAACUUUGACGAGAUGCUGACCCGCAGGAGCACGUUCGAUAACUUCCCACAGGCUUUGCUUACUGUCUUUCAGAUCCUUACUGGGGAGGACUGGAACUCAGUAAUGUAUGAUGGUAUCAUGGCUUACGGGGGACCCUCCUUUCCUGGGAUGCUUGUGUGCAUUUAUUUUAUCAUCCUCUUCAUCUGUGGAAACUAUAUACUUCUGAAUGUCUUCUUGGCCAUCGCUGUGGACAACUUGGCCGAUGCCGAGAGUCUCACUUCUGCUCAGAAGGAGGAGGAAGAAGAGAAGGAGAGGAAGAAACUGGCAAGAACUGCUAGCCCUGAGAAGAAACAGGAGAAUGAGUCUCUAGGAAAGUCUCCAGUGCCAGCGGUGGAGGAGAACAAAGAGAAGAUCGAGCUGAAGGCCAUCACAGCUGAUGGGGAGUCUCCACCCGCUACCAAGAUCAGUGUGGAAGAAUUUUCCUCAAAUGAGAAUGAGGAGAAGACCCCCUAUCCCAGCUCCAAUGAGACCCCAGGCGAAGAGGAAGAAGAAGAGCCUGAGAUGCCUGUUGGCCCUCGCCCAAGGCCCCUUUCAGAGCUGCACAUCAAGGAGAAAGCUGUCCCUAUUCCCGAAGCCUCUGCCUUCUUCAUAUUCCGUUCUAAUAACAGGUUCCGCCUCCACUGCCACACGAUAGUCAACAAUAACAUCUUCACCAACCUCAUCCUCUUCUUCAUCCUCUUGAGCAGCAUCUCUCUGGCAGCAGAAGACCCUGUGCGACACAAUUCCUUCAGGAACCAAAUCCUAGGAAAUGCUGAUUAUGUUUUCACUAGUAUCUUUACUUUAGAAAUAAUCCUCAAGAUGACGGCCUAUGGGGCUUUCUUACACAAAGGCUCCUUCUGCAGGAACUACUUCAACAUCCUGGAUCUUCUAGUGGUCAGCGUCUCCCUCAUCUCGUUCGGAAUCCAAUCCAGUGCCAUCAAUGUGGUGAAGAUCUUGCGAGUACUGAGGGUGCUGAGGCCUCUCAGAGCCAUUAACAGAGCCAAGGGGCUAAAGCACGUGGUACAGUGCGUGUUCGUGGCCAUCCGCACCAUUGGUAACAUCGUCAUUGUCACCACUCUGCUGCAGUUCAUGUUUGCUUGUAUCGGGGUACAACUUUUCAAGGGUAAGUUGUACAGCUGCACUGACAGCUCCAAGAUUACAGAGGAAGAGUGCAAAGGGAAGUACAUCUCCUAUAAGGAUGGGGACGUCUCGCAGCCCAUGAUAGUGGAUCGGAGCUGGGAGAACAACAAGUUUGACUUCGAUACUGUUCUAUCAGCAAUGAUGGCCCUCUUCACUGUCUCCACAUUUGAGGGGUGGCCGGAGCUUCUCUAUCGCGCCAUCGACUCUCACACCGAAGACGUGGGUCCCAUCUACAACCACCGUGUGGAGAUCUCCAUCUUUUUUAUCAUCUACAUCAUCAUCAUUGCCUUCUUCAUGAUGAAUAUCUUCGUGGGUUUUGUCAUCGUCACGUUUCAGGAGCAGGGGGAGCAGGAGUACAAGAACUGCGAGCUGGACAAGAACCAGCGUCAGUGUGUGGAGUACGCCCUGAAAGCUCGGCCCCUGAGGAGAUACAUACCCAAAAACCAGUACCAGUACAAAGUCUGGUAUGUGGUCAACUCCACCUACUUUGAGUACCUCAUGUUUGUGCUCAUUCUACUCAACACCAUCUGCCUCGCCAUGCAGCAUUACGGGCAGAGCUGUUCCUUCAAGGAAGCCAUGAACAUCCUUAACAUGUUGUUCACUGGGCUCUUCACGGUUGAGAUGAUCCUGAAGCUUAUUGCAUUCAAACCAAAGGGUUAUUUUAGUGACCCUUGGAAUGUCUUUGACUUUCUCAUCGUUAUUGGCAGCGUAGUUGACGUCAUUCUCAGCGAGACCAAUCACUAUUUCUGUGAUGCAUGGAACACAUUUGAUGCACUGAUAGUAGUGGGUAGCAUUGUUGAUAUAGCAAUCACCGAACUCAACCCAGGUGAACAUGCCCAAUGCUCCUCCUCUAUGAAUGUCGAGGAGAAUUCCCGCAUCUCCAUCACCUUCUUCAGGCUCUUCCGAGUAAUGAGGCUUGUGAAACUUCUCAGUCGUGGAGAAGGGAUCCGGACUCUGCUAUGGACUUUCAUCAAGUCUUUCCAGGCUCUCCCCUAUGUAGCGCUGCUUAUUGUCAUGCUGUUCUUCAUCUACGCGGUCAUUGGCAUGCAGGUUUUUGGAAAAAUUGCACUAAAUGACACCACCUCACUCAACAGGAACAAUAAUUUUCAGACUUUCCCUCAGGCAGUUCUGCUUCUCUUCAGAUGUGCCACGGGUGAAGCGUGGCAAGAGAUUAUGCUCGCCUGUCUCCCUAAUAAGCCGUGUGCUCCCGAAUCCGAAACCAGUGAAGAAAAGUGUGGCAGCAGCUUUGCCGUCUUCUAUUUUAUCAGCUUCUACAUGCUCUGCGCCUUCUUGAUCAUUAAUCUAUUUGUUGCUGUCAUUAUGGAUAAUUUUGACUAUCUGACACGGGAUUGGUCCAUAUUGGGCCCUCAUCAUUUGGAUGAAUUUAAACGUAUUUGGGCAGAGUAUGAUCCUGAAGCCAAGGGUCGCAUCAAGCAUCUGGAUGUGGUGACCCUACUGAGGAGGAUUCAGCCCCCGCUGGGCUUUGGGAAGCUGUGCCCACAUCGGGUGGCAUGCAAGCGCCUAGUGGCUAUGAACAUGCCACUGAAUAGUGAUGGGACAGUCAUGUUUAAUGCCACACUCUUUGCCCUAGUAAGGACAUCUUUGUGCAUCAAAACAGAUGGGAACCUGGAUCAGGCCAAUGAAGAGCUGAGAGCCAUCAUCAAGAAGAUAUGGAAGAGAACCAGCAUGAAACUUUUGGACCAGGUGGUGCCUCCAGCUGGGGAUGAUGAGGUCACGGUGGGAAAGUUCUAUGCCACCUUUCUGAUCCAAGAGUAUUUCCGAAAAUUCAAGAAACGCAAAGAGCAAGGGCUUGUGGGUAAACCUUCCCAGAGAAACGCAUUGUCACUGCAGGCCGGCCUGCGCACUCUGCACGACAUUGGCCCCGAGAUCCGCAGAGCUAUUUCUGGGGACCUGACAGCUGAGGAGGAGCUGGACAAGGCAAUGAAGGAGGCCGUGUCUGCUGCAUCUGAGGAUGAUAUCUUUAGGAGGGCUGGAGGGCUCUUUGGGAACCAUGUUGGUUAUUACCAGAGUGAAGUCCGAAGUGGGUUUCCUCAGACCUUCACUACCCAGCGGCCUCUGCAUAUCAACAAGACGUCGGGCGGCCCAGGGGAUUUGGACUCUCCUUCCCAUGAGAAGUUGGUGGAUUCUACCUUCACCCCCAGCAGCUACUCAUCCUCCGGCUCCAACGCCAACAUCAACAACGCCAAUAACACGGCCCUGGUGCUCCUGCCCUGUUACCGGAGUACCGUGAGCACCGUGGAGGGACAGAGCCGGCCCGUGGCCUCCCGUGGCUCCUGGAAACUUGGAUCUAAGAGGACAUGCCAGUGCGAAAUUUGGGGACGCUCCGUGUCCAGAGACAGCCGCCUGCCUAUAAUCUCUCGGGAGGAGGCUUCGCAGGAUGAGACGUACGACGCCAGCGAAGAGGUGGAAUAUAACAGCGAGCCCAGCCUGUUGUGCUCAGAAAUGUUCUCCGAUCAGGACGAGGAAAGCCGACAGCUGACCCCCUCGGAGGGAGAAGUGGAGAGGGGGCUUUGCCUGUCCCCCAAGAAAGGUUUCCUGCGUUCAGCUUCUUUAGGAAGGAGAGCGUCGUUCCAUUUGGAGUGCCUGAGGAGGUAUCGGCACCAGGGGGCGGAAACGUCGUCGCCCAAAACGGUGUUGCCGCAGCUUCAUCUGGUGCAUCAUCAGGCGUUAGCAGUGGCGGGUCUCAGCCCUUUACUAAGGCGGAGUCACUCGCCCACAGCCUUCUCACGUCUCUGUUCCACGCCGCCUGCCACGCCACGCCCCCGAGGAGGCUGGACACAGCAAACCGUGCCAAUGUUACGGCUGCAUGGAGAGCCAGGCUCUCGGGAAAACCUGAACAGUAGCUUUCCUUCCAUCCACUGCAGUGACUGUAGUAUAGAGCGUAACCGUCCCACCUCCCUUACAGUCCCCUGCCACCCACGGGAGCAAGGCAGGCAGCACCAUGGCAGCGCCAGCAGUUUAGUAGAAGCGGUGCUGAUCUCCGAAGGGCUGGCGCAGUUUGCUCAGGACCCCCGCUUUCUCCAGGUAGCGACCCACGAGCUGGCCGACGCCUGCGACAUGACGAUAGAGGAGAUGGAGACUGCAGCCGACAGUUUUUUGAAUGGCAAGGCCAGCCCCAACGGGAAACCGUCACCAUUCUCUAACCGCAGGGACCAGGGGCUGGACUGUGCGGGGGGUGGGUCAGAGGAGACAGGACUCUCACCGGAAUACCAGGACAGUGAUGAGCAGGAGGACUGCCGAGUGUAUGUAAGCAGCCUGUAGCCACCAAGCCUCUCACAGAGCCAGGAAGAUGCCCAGCUUGUCGGAGAGUGGAUGUUUUCAGGGGGAGUUUUUGGGCUCCUUUCUCAGUUUCUUUUUGUUUUUUCUUUGUGUUCCUAAAUGGGUUUGUUUCAGAAGUGCCUCACUGUUCUCGUAACCUGGUGUGACCAGAACAGCGUUCCUCAUCCAUUUAAGUUGGGGAGGGAGGGGGGGAGAAUGGUGGCCAGAGCUGACUUUCUGUAUCUCCAGAGGAAGUGGUUCCGGAAUCACCUUGGGAGUCCAAACGUGGAGGUCCUUCACAUCUACACCAUGUUCCUUCUUCAUCCAUAAUCACCACCGAAGCUGAAGGUCAUCUGAAACCAGCUUAGAGAAGGUCAACUAAUGGCCUCUCAGCUAGUCCCACCAGUGGUCCUAUCCAUCCAAUGGCUGAGAAUGAGAAAUGGCCCAACGGAAGGGUCAAUGGCUUCCAAUCCAUGUCUGAGAGGGUCUCCUGUACCUUCUGUAGCUCAGCCAUCAAAGGAAUCCCAUGAUUCAACCCACAAUGGGGUUAAGGGGUGCAAUGGGGGCGGGGCAUGCAUAGGGUUGCCACCUGGCCGAUAAAAAUUAUGGUUGAUCCCAGUGUUAUUAAUAGGAAAAAAAGCUGAAUAUAUAGGAAGGCCUGUAUUUUUUUCCUGAAAAGGUGGUAACCCUAGGCCUGCAAGUCACACAGAUAGUGGUGUAUACCAGUAGGCCGAUCCAGGCAAACUCCUUGGGCCCAAGUAUUUAGGAGGCCACCGAGCAGGGGUGGAGCUGGGGUGUGACAGGGGAGGAGCAGGGGUUGGAUGGGGAGGGGCAUAGCCUAGGGCCAAUGCAGCCAUUAAUUCGCCUCUGAGUACCCCUCUUUAUAUACUUGCCCCCAUCUGCACAAUCAAAUGUCCAUGGCCCUGUAGCCUUAAAGGGGUGGUUAUUUAUAAUUUAACAGAUGGGAAGGGCUGCUUCAUCACUCAUAUAUAAAUCAUGCCCCUUUAAUAUGCUGGACUGCAGCAUUCCCAUGGGGUUACAAGGGCUUUAUAGAGAAGAAAAUAGAAUUAUAUAAAUGACCAUGUCUACAUUGAUGCACCCUUAAUCCUCGGCCUGCAGCUGCCAAACUGGACAAGACUGGAGCGAGUUGUGGGUCAAGGAGAGUUAAAGGAACAAAAUGUUAAUUUUAAUAACAUUAAAAUGAUGUACUUUGCCUUUUA